GGACUGCGGGCCGGCAUGGAGCGACUGUUCGCGCUGGAGGUGCUGGUGGAGGCACUGCGCGUGGCGGAGCCGGGGCCCGUGGAGCUCCCGGGACCCGCGGAACACCCGGCCGUGGCACUGCGCCUCUUGGACCUCCCCACCCUCGUGCUGCGCCCCGCCGCCGCAGCGCCGCCCCUGCGGCCGGGGCAGCCCUUGCCCUUCGGCCGCGGCAAGCGCUGCCUGUUCCGCUGGCGCCCGGACUCGCUUUUCGCCGCGCUCCGCCGCCGUCCGCUCCGUGCCCUGCUCCUGGCGCUGCCUCCCGGGCGCGCCCCGGGACCCCCCCGCCUCCUCGGCAGCUGCGUCGUGUCCUUGGGCCCCGCCGCCGAGCUGCUGCAGCGGCACGGGGCGCCCUCAUCCUGCGGCCGCCGCGGCCGCUUCGCGCUGCGGGACCCCGCGGGCCGCCCCGUCGGGGAACUGGUCCUGCGCUACCGCCUCGCCAGCUUGGGGGGCGGUGACGUGCGUCCCGCCACCCCCCGCGCUGCCACACCGCCUGCCACCACUCCUGAGCCGCGAGACGAGGAGGAGGAUGAGAAGGAGGAGGAGGAGAAGGACGAGGAGGAGAGUGAGCAGCUGGAAGGCAACGUCUUUUGCCCUCCGCUGCUCUAUUACAGCCGUGAGGCGGCUGAGCCUCAGCGGCCGCCAGCAACAAUGGAGCGAUGGGAGCAUAUCGAGCCCCAGAGACCGCAGGAGAAGGACAAGGGCCACAGUCCACCACGUCCCAGUGCCGGGCCCUCGCUGCUGCACCCUGCCAGCCCUCGACAGCCCCAGAACGCCCUGGUGCAGCUGCCACUGCUCAGUGCCUUGCUGGCGGAGCUGUCGGUGCUCACCCGCAGUGCUGUUCCUGAUGCUGCUGUACACCCUCAUCUUGCCUGCCUCUACCAGGCCCCAGGGAGUGGAGACACGGCCUCAUGGCCCCCCAGUCGCUCUGCUGCCCUCAGGCCUGCGGAGACACCCGUGGGGCCUGGCAGGAGCAGUGAAAUCACGAGCCCUCUGUUCAAACAAGGCUGUCAAAAGGCCACCUCCCCAGGGUCUUCUGGGGUUGGGAGAAGACCCAAGAAAGCUGUGCCCGAGGCACAGCCAGCCUGUGAAAGGAGCUGCAAAGCUAAGGAGAACAGACCUCCCAGAAAGAAAUUGUUGUAUGGGCUGACAAAUACACUGAGGCUACGGCUGCAGCAGACCAACCCGGAUAAGCGGAUAAUUCAUGAAAGGAGGGAGCAGUACAGAAAAAAGCAAAUGGAGAUGCUAAAAGAGAGAAGCCCCUUAUCCAAGAGAAAGUUGGCCAGAAAUACUGAAGAACAGCAUGUGGUGUCUUGCAAGCAUUGUGGCACAGGAGGUAGUUCAAGGCAGAAUAAUCAGUUGGAUAAAAUUGUUCAGACUUCGUUAGAAAACAGUGCUCUCUCAGAGUCAAUGUCUGUGACAGGAGAUAUAUCCCCUGGCCUGCAGAAACAGUCUACUGCAAGUCUAUCCAGGAAGGAUUCAAUAACUACAGCCCCCUUACUGGAGGAAACUCUCUUAAAAUCUGCUCAUGAGGAAAAGUAUAGAAAAGCUCAACUCCCAGCAGCAUUCCCAUCAGAUGCUAAUGCAGAAGGAAGUUACAACAAUGCAACACACUUAAUCCAUCAUAAAACCAUGGAGCAUGAUUAUGUUUCUGUUGUAAGUGGUCAUAAACUAAGCCCCAGCAGGAAUGUUGAAAACAACUCUGAAUUCAUAUACUCCAAUUACUUUGUUGCUAGUCCAGAUAACUCAGUUUGUUCAGAAGAUUUCACCAAUGCUGAGUGUACAGGCAGAGACUCAAAAGUUUGUGACAGCAGUCCUGAACCUCUGUGGCUUGAAAGACCAAAGCAAGAUAGGUCAGAUACAGAGCAAGAAUCCAGCAGGUCCAGAAUUUCAAAGACAAGUCUAAGAGCUCAAAGUACUUCAGAUCUUGUGCCAGUUCCUUCAGCUUCAUCUCCAGUCCAGUUUUUGAGGAGAAACUGUGACUUUAAAACCAGCAUGGGGACUAGUGCUGAAUCUGCUGAUUCACUUAACCUUGCUGAGAUGGAGGCAUCAUUAUUAGAAGAAGAGCAGAAAGCCCAACAGAUGAGUAAGGAAGAGAACAGGGGUGAUUGAUAUACUCAAGAAAUGUCUACACUGAGAAGCAAACAGGUUAAAUCUGAUAUGGAUCUGAAUACAGGAAAGGGGCAGACCUCUACAGGAUAAAAGCAGUCAGUAACUCAAGUUAGCUCUUACUUGCCAUCUAACAUGUCUGAUCUUGAACUUAGUGUUCUGGAAAACAGUAGGUCAGACAAAGAAGAUGAUUUUCUGGAAAAACUACAUGGUCCUAAUCAGUACAAAGACAUCAGUGAACUUGUAAUAAACUCCCAGGAUACACAAUGGAAAGAGGUGGGGUCAGCACCCACAGUCCAGAAACUUGGAACAAAUGAGCAUAUUAUGUCAUGAUGUAAAGAUGUGAGUAAUGAGAAAUUUACCAUGUCUCCUUUGCCAUUAAGAUAGUUGAACUGAUGUUUGAUUUUGAUUUUAGGUUUGCUUUUAGUAGCUUCCACUUUGAUCAUUGAACUUAAUGUCUUCUGUUUAAGUACGGAGGUUUUUCUAGAAUCCAUGUGCUGAUCCCAAAUUUUAGAGAUGUUUUUUGACUUGAAUUCCUGCCUUACUUUUUAGUCUCAUGUACCCCCUUCCCCCCUUCUUUGAGUAGUUCAUUUCCUAUAUCAGCUUUACAUUCCUAACUAUCUCAUCAAUUAGGACAGUUAUCCUUAGGGUUAAAUGAUAGAUUUAUCCACUCCUCUUUUCUUUAUAAUUUACAAUCUGACUUUUUUCCACAACUUUUUCAUUUCUCACUGUAAUUUUCCAUGUACUUUAUUACAAGAGCCUGUGUUUACACUUUAACACCUUAGAGGAGCUUUUUCCUUUCCCUCCUACUAUGUGUUUACUUUGUAAGAAUUACAGCAUCUUUCCUAUUUAAAGCAUGAACAUAUGUGAGGGUUAUUGGACUAUCUAGUGUUGAUUUCCUAAAAACCACUAGUAAUAUUUUUAAUCUAAAGGUAAGCAGCUGAAAUUACCUAUAUACCAAAGGAAUUCCUGGCCAGAGCAAUUCCUAAAUCUUAUUUAGGGUGUCUUUCGUCAGCUACAAUUUUAGACCAAUGUUUUUUUUUUUUUCUUUUUCUUGCAAUGCCAUGGACUUCUCUGAUACACAUGGAUUCAGACUGUCAUACAUUUAUUGAUGGAAUAAUGUCUUGCACUUCUCAUGAGCAAAACUGUCAUUAAAAUACAAUGCUGACCAAC